AUGUCAAGGAGGAACCAGAGCCACGUGACUGAAUUCCUUCUUCUGGGACUGACCACUGACCCCAAACAGCAGGCGUGGCUCUUUGCCAGCUUCCUGGCCAUGUACCUGGUCAAUGUGGUGGGCAACUCAGUCAUCAUUGCAGCCAUCUGGGGGGAUGCCCACCUCCACACCCCCAUGUACUUCUUCCUCUCCAACCUGUCCCUGGUGGACAUCUGCUUUACUACUGUCAUCGUGCCACGAAUGUUAGUGAACAUGCUGACUCAGAGAAAGACCAUUCUCUUUGCUCAGUGCCUCACCCAGAUGUAUUUCUUUGUGGCCUUUGGGAUCACGGACAGCUUCCUCCUGGCUGCCAUGGCCAUCGACCGCUAUGUGGCCAUCUGUAACCCACUGCAUUACACCACGACCAUGAGCCCCAGGCGGUGUCUCCUGCUGGUGAUGGCCUCCUGGGCAGUGUCCCACCUGCACUCGCUCACCCACACCAUUCUCAUGGCCCGCCUCUCCUUCUGUGGGCCCAAUGUCAUCCACCACUUCUUUUGUGAUGUCCAGCCACUGCUAACACUCUCCUGCUCUGACACCUCCGUCAAUGAGCUUCUGGCCUUCACAGAGGGCUCCUUGGUCAUCAUGAGUCCCUUUAUCCUCAUUAUUGUCUCCUAUGUCUACAUCACCCGUGCUGUCCUGAGGCUCCCCUCAGGGGGAGGCAGGUACAAAGUCUUCUCCACCUGCGGAUCCCACCUCAUGGUUGUGGCACUCUUCUAUGGGACCAUAAUAUCCGUGUACAUUCGCCCCUCAUCCACCUACUCAGUGACAAAAGAUCGUGUAGUCACUGUCAUCUAUACAGUAGUCACCCCAAUGCUCAACCCUUUCAUCUAUAGCCUUAGGAAUAAGGACAUGAAACAGGCCUUGAGAAAGCUAGUUAAAAGAACAGAAUAG